ACAGAUGUUAAUGUCAAAUUUCAUAAUUGAGUAUUGACCUUCGAUAUAUUUCUUUUAUUUAUACUGAAAUGGGAGUAAUACUAUUAUAAGUAAUACGAGUUUUGGUGGUACAAUGGCUCAGCCGAGUCAAGUAACUCUUAAUAUAGAGGAUGAGAACCCUGAUUCAGUGGAAAAUAGUAAUCUUAAUAAUGCACUCCAUAGAACGGACCCUCCAUCCAGACCAAUGGUCGCAAAUAGAAGUAAUUUAGGCCUCGGAGACAGACUUAAUAGUGUUUUCAGGGAAAUAAGACCGUUAGUAGAACAUGCAAGAAUGGGCAACAAUUCAAGACUUUCUCUACCAACGUGGUUACCGAGGAAUUCACUGGGCAUCCACCAAUCCGGGGAGGUGACGCAAAGACCACAGAGUUCUAUAGCCCAUGUAAAUCUUGGCUCUACGGCUCAAACAUACAUUGUAACAGAUAGAGGACUUCCCAUGUCACCGAGACAUCAGAAUCACGGGAUGAGCAAUAGUGCUUCAAAUGAUUCAAAUGUAUCAGAAAGAGCACAGGAUCAGGUAGACAUAAAUGUAUCGGUGAAUCCCUCAAACAAUAAUAAUAUUAAUGACAAUGCAGAUAACGAUAGUCAGAGUGAAGACGGAACCCAGCAGGUAGUUGAUGUUAGAGCCACUUUGAACCUGUUGUUGCGUUAUGCUCCGUUCUAUAUAAUUCUAUACAUUAAAUACAUGUACGACAGUCGUGAGGGUAUAUUCACAUUUGUGGUAUUAUUAUGCACAUUCUCACACGGAAAUGGCUUGGUUAAGAGAGAAAAUGGGAAGCAGAUGAAUAGGAGCUUACUAGCAUUAUUUAGUGAAUUUGUAUUUGCUACGAGUUCUAUACUAAUCGUCCACUUCCUGUGCGGUCAUGGGAAGCUAUUGGAAAAUGUGGUGAUGUUUCCUGUUUAUACGGAGCCGAUCACAGUUUGGGAACUGCUAUGGCUUGUCAUAUUAACGGAUCUCAUUGUUAAGAUUAUAACGGUCAACAUAAAGAUCCUGAUCACAAUGUUGCCAGCUUUCAUAUUACCGUUCCAGAAGAGGGGUAAAGUGUAUUUGUUCACGGAGGUGGUGUCUCAACUGUACCGCUCCAUAAUAACCAUCCAGCCGUGGAUCUUCUACCUGAUGCAGUCCUACGAGGGCUCCGAGCGUAUGGUGGGGAUGUUCCUCACAGCGCUGUACGUUAUCUCCAAGGUUGUGGAGUUACUGCUGAGGCUGAGGCUGGUGAAAAAUGCCACUUGGACCUUGCUGCAGAGCGUCAGUCUGGGCACGAAGCCAACUUGCGAGCAGAUGGUUGCCGCUGGUGAUUCCUGUCCAAUCUGCCACGACGACUACACCACACCAGUCAGGUUGACCUGCAGCCAUAUCUUCUGCGAGCUUUGCAUCUCCGCGUGGUUGGAUCGCGAGCACACUUGCCCGUUGUGCCGUGCCAAGGUCGCCGACGAACCGACUUGGAGAGACGGUUCAACCACAUACGAUUUCCAGCUCUGUUAAUACGUUAUUUAAGGUAUAUAAUAGCAUCUGCCAAAAACUGGAAUAACAUUCGGUUUUCAAAGUAGUGAGAAAUAACCUGGCAACCAUGAAGCUGAGGUUAAUCUGUUUAGUUUUGCCGACGGCAACUUUAUAGCGAAUUCAAUACAGCCUAUUAAGAUAUAAAUCACAUAUAAUGUCUCAUACAAAUACAUAAAAUUGAAAAUGAAAUGUUAUGUACAAGUUUUGUCUGGAUUUUCAUAUAAUUAUCUUGCUGUAAUUUUGGCUUGGCAGAAUUAAAUUGUAAAUUUUUAAUAAUAAUUCGGUAAAAAGCAGAGAAAUAUUUUUUUAAAUGGUAAUUAUAUAAUUUGACACAUAUGCAUUUGACAUAUGUCAUCGUCGGAGACGGAGUCAUAGUUUAAUGUUGUGUUAACCGAUUGCGCAAUACUAACUAAUAGCAAUUUAAUCUUUAUUAAAAUAAAAUUAAAAUAUAGCGUAUUAAACACUUACAGUUACUUAAAAAAUAUAUUUUUUUGGUUUUGAUCGUCUUGAUCGACUUCUAUUUCAUAUCAUCUCGCCAAAAGACAUGCCUCAUUCCAGCCUUUCGACUUAUUCCUUAGCUCCAUAACAAAUGGUAUGCGCAUUUAAUGUAUAAUGAGAUAUGUAUAUUGUAUAGUAUUUUUUUAAAUUUUGGUUAAGAAUUAAUUUACGAUUGUAAAUAAUAUUGCAAUUCCCAUGCAUAAAAAAAUUAUUUUAAUAAAAUGCUGUCACGUUUAUUUUUUAUGUGUUUGAUAUUGUGUUUUAUAAAACAGUUAUAUUAAAUGUUUUGUAGGUAUAAAUAUAGAAUAUUAAAUCCCAUCAUGUGUUAUAUAUAUGUAUAUAUCAGUUCACAUUAACAAAUGUCAGUUAAAUUUUGAUUAAAAAAUAAAUUACGUUCCUUGUAAUUUUUUUUUCUGUAACUCUAUCGGUUUCGUAACUUAUCAAUGAUCAUUUUUAAAUCACACAUUAAAAUUUAAUAAUAUAAAGACUAUUUUUUUUUCAUUUAUUUUUAUGGACAUCGUAUUUUAUUCGUAAAAAAAUGUUAUUGUUAAUAAACAAUAAAGAGGAUAAUUGUUAUUUAGGAAAUUAUAUUUUAUGUUAAAAUGUAAAUAAUGUUUUUGAAAUUGUUAUUAACUGGUCUUGAUGUUGCUUAAUGUAAUAUAAAUAACCGAGAGUUGCCAGUGCGAGUUAACUUUAACUUGAGACCGAUAGUUUCAAUAUUAAUUAAGUUAUUUUUUUUAAAUAUCAGUACGUAGAUAUUGUAAGGACAAUCUAGUGUAGAGAAUUAUUCUAAUCUAUUGUACAUUUAAGACUUAAAGUAUUGCCAAACAGAUAUCCAUUGAAUCUAUAUACUUAUCUCCAUAGCUUGCUGUGCUCACUAGUUUUUAUUAAUUCAGAAUAAAUGUGUUAAGAAGUCAUAAUGACAGAAAUGUUCUCUAAAUACAAAUCGAUUGAUGCUGUUCAUUUGUAUAGAAUUAUUUUUAUCGUUACAUUUAUUUUUAAAUGAAUAUGAUUCCGUUUAUCUUUUACAUUCAAACAUUGAAUAGAUUCUAGAUUGCAUUUAUAUAUUGAUUCCCAAAUAACUGUAUUUGUAUAAUGUUAAAAAGAAUGUAAAUUAUAUAUUAUAUGUUGAAUGAAUUAAAGUGAUAAUAAAUU